AUAAGCUUUACUAAAGAGACUGCAGACUAGUAAUUGAAGUUGGAGUCUGUGGCAGAAAAGUGAGAAGUUAACUUGAGUGAGCAUUUGGUGUCAACUGGUGUCUAUCAGCACUGCUGUACAGAUCUUGACAGCACUUCUGAUUCCAGAGUAAAAAACACCUCUCUGGACCAUCAGCUGACUUUAUUGAUGAUGUUCUUGGGUCUCACAGUCUUAGAGUUCCUGGAGUGUAGUGUUCAGCUAUCCACAGGAACGCAUGUAAAUGCCUUUUCUAACAGUUAGAGGGUAACUUUUUCUCAUGUUUUAGCUUCUUGCCUAGUUUCUGGGGACUAACAAAAAGUGAUGAGGCCCAGACACUGAGCCAACUUAAAAUUGCUGGUAAACUCAUGACUUCUGCUACAUGUAUGUAUAAGCAAUUUGGUUCUUGAUUUUUUUUUUUUUUUAAAUUCCUGCUUCUGCAAAAGAGGGCUGUAAAAUGAAGAAGUCUCCAGCAAAAUAUUUUAUUAAUACACAGUACAUUGGUACAGAUCAAAUAGAAUUUUAACUUGGAAAGUUGUAAUUUAGGCACUCUGAUUCACAGGUGCAGCACAUAUGGUGCCACAUUAGAUCAAUUAUAUGGUCUGUACUAUAAUAAAAUAAUGCAAGACUGUUGUUUGGCUUGGGCAACUCCUAAUCUACAACAAAUGUUCAAAUUCUUUUGGUAACAAAACUAAAAUGGGGAGAGAAUGUUCAAACACAGACUGAUACUGACUUCUGGCUUGAUUUGUGAGUUUGGUUUGAUUGCUUUUUUUCAUUAGAGUACCACAAAACUGUAUGCAGGUCCCUGUUGUUUUAGUACCAGUACCUGGUACUACUUACCUUAAUUGGUAGGAAAAGUACAAUGCCUCAGAGAACUAGUGAUACAACCAUUUAUAUAGCUAAUUCUUUGGGGCAUAAAGAAAAAGAGUAAGAGGGAAAUCACACAAAGGUGUGUGAUUAUCCACAUGUGACUGUACCAUUUGCAUGGAGCUGGAGCCUCAGGCUGUUACCUGUUCACCACAAGUAUAUACUUACAAGUUAUUGGAACAGUUUUCAUUUAACUGUUGCUUACAGUGGUUCAUGUGUGGGAUAUCCCACAGGGGAUCUUACACUGUUGUUGCUGUUAUUGCAUACCUGGGUCUUUCAGAGGACUUGGGGUCAGUGAAAACAUGAUGUCCACAUCUGAAAGUUGGAAAAUACUUUGGUUCUGUGACAUUUUGCAUUUUCAGUCCGAAAGAUGCUCUCUAAAAGGAGAGCCACUUGAUGAUUCUUUGUUUCUGAAGAAGUCAGGACACCUUGUUUUGAAGUCCUACCAAUCUGAGAAGCUAUUUUUGGAUUUCACUGCUUCACAAUGAGUUUCACAAGUUUAGUUGUUUGGGAUUUUUUUCUGUCAUUUCAUGUGUCUACUGUAAACUUGAAAUUACUAUGCUAAGGUUUUGCAGUCCUUAAAGGAAUGUAUAUUCAGUGUAAGAAGGAAGGAAAGAGAAUGCUUUGCAGAUGCACCCAGGUUUUGCAUUGCUUCUUUUAAAAGUACUCCAGCAGUUCUUGUGAUUCAGGAUUCCAUGCUGCAACCAAAAACCUUCCAGUUAUUGGUUGUCCUCUGCAAUAUGAGCUACUGCCGUUUCCCCAUAUCUCACUAGUAAGCUUAUAUUGUUUAAAUAUGUUCUGUAACAUGCUGAUAUUUGGGAUCAUUCUGUUAAUAGUUCUUGUGUGUAACUGCAGUGAAUGAUUGUUCUUUCUGAGUUCAGGGUUUGCACCACCCCAUGAUACUGUUGGUGGGGAAUAAAAGACAGGUGGGGUCUGGUGACCCUAGCUGAGCUCGUUGAUUAAGAACAUUGCUGCAGAGACCUGUAUGUCAUUGCUUGGUGGGGAAAGAAUUAAACAAAAGCCGACUAGCUGUUUGUAAGUCGGAUUUGUAGGAUUUAAGCAAAUCUGCUGGAAUUCCUUGAUCUUACUCCUGUUCCUUAAAGUUUGGAUGUGUUUGCUAUUAACUACCUCUUUUCUUAGGCUUUCACUGGAGAUCUUUUCUGGAGGAAGCAUUGAUGUUUCAGCUCAUUUUGAGGAAUAGUAGUCCUGCCAGUUCAGAAGAAAUAGACUGAAUUCCAGACAGUCAAGAACAAUUUAGGAGAUGGUUCUUUUUGUUCAGAAGGGUUGAAGCCAAAUAAGCUGGAAAAAUCAAGACAGAAAGACUAUGUAGGGAAUUGUAGACUUACAGAACUGUGUUGAUAUCAGGGUGAGAAGAUGAUUUGUAUUUAGUAAUGAAUUUGGGUAUUUAAAACUACUUUGAACUUCAUCACACAAGGAAGUUCAAGAUCUGUUUUACCUUCUCUUUAGGUACAUUGCCUAUCUAAACUGCUGUAGUUACAUUGUUAUAAUUUCCUUGGUCUUCCUCUCCACAUCAGUGAAGGCCAUGUUGCUAUGAGAAGCUUUUGAGAAUCUGAGAUCCGCCUCUCUCAAGAAAACAUCAUUAUAUGUGUCAAAAAACUAGGAGUAGUCUUGGCAAGAAGGAAAUAUUUCCAGAAGAUGACCCACCACUGGAGUUAGCUGAAGAAAAUGCUAUACUCUGCACGUUUCAUCAUUCCUCCAAAAACUGAAUACCAAACUUGGACUUAGGUUGGUUUUAGUGCACUGGUCUGUGUAUCCUUUGCCUAGGAAAUCACUGUCUAGGAAAGCAACUUGCAAGCUCCUGUGAGAUUUGUUUCUGUGAUAGAGGUUUUAAAUCCUACUGGUAUGUGUCAGAGGGCUAAAUAGGUGAGCGUCUUACUGGAGUUCUGGAGGGACAUCAUCCACUUGCUGAGAGUUAUGGCAUGCAGUUGCACUGAAGCUAUUUCCAUCCUCUAUUGCCCUGAUAGUCUCCCUCCUUCACCACAAGGAUAUAGGAGAUUUGCAUCUAAUUAAGUGUAAUUCUUGGACAAAUCCACUGUGUCCAGAAUGCACUGUGCUAGAAAUCCACUCCGGAAAACACUCCCUCCUAGUGCUCAGCAAUGUCUGUAAAGAUCCAGCAUGUAGCAGCAUUUCCUUGAAUUUGAUGAGUGACUGAGGAUGAGGCAACACAAACCUGUCAUGUGAAGUGAGUAAUAAGCUGUAAAUGAGGAAAGGAGACCAAAAAAAAGGCACUUAGUCAAGCAAAUAGAUUUUUAUCAGCCAAUUCCUUGUUUUUAUGCUGAGGUGUCUUUGGAAAUGCUGCUCAGCAGACUUCACCUGAAGUGCACUCUUUUCUUAGGGUGACCUUCGUGUUCCAUGCUGCAGAACACUAAGAGUUAAUCCUUCCAAAAUGAGAAUAUAAAUACAGGAAAUGCCCGUUAGACUGAUCUGGGGAGCAGCACAAGGAAUGUCUUGUUUCAGAUGGAUCAAAGCCUAUCUAACUCCAGUUCAUAUGAAGGAGCAGUAUGCUGAAAGUACUAAAAAAAAAACUUCAUAGGAUUGUUGGUAGCAAUACGAUAAAGAUUAGCCCUCUAGACAUCAUCCUAGCCAAUCAAGUGAAAACAGCCCAAAGUCAAAGAGAUGCUUGAUGAAAGAGAUACCUGGAGGCAAUACCCAUGAUAGCAAGAUGCCGGGCUGAGAAGUGGGAAUGCCCCCUCGAGAGGGCUGUGCCACCUGUCGGUAUUCCAUGGAAAGCUGCUUUACGUGAAGUUUUCUGGGUCCCAUUUACCUGAGUUCAGAUCUGAAGAGAGUUUGAUCUCGGGAUGCUGCGAGCAGCUAAUCGAGGAGGCAGCAGCCGGGGGAUAAAGUCCCGAUUCCUUCCAACAAGUCUAAUCUCCAUUCUGUGCGUGCGCACAAGCGCUUUCCCAGUUUGUUGCUGGAGGUUUUGCAGCAGUCACGCCGUGACUGUAGAAAUGGAAGAGGCAGCCCCCUCCCUCCAGUGCGGAGCGGCUAGUUCCCAGCUCCCGGGGAAGCCCAGCUACAGAGCUCCGUGAGGAGGCAGUAGCUGAGUUCGGCAGCUGAACCAGAAUGUGAUGUUUGAAGAGCUUCUGCCCACUUUGUACAGGAGGGAUGGAGAUCCCCGGAGUCGUCGUAGUAGUAGUGUUCCUUGUGAAGCUCUCCAGCCUGUUACCCUGUCUCAGCUAUGUAGAGGCCUUCCUGGGAUCCCAGCCCAACAAGAACCAUUUGCAGAGUGCAGCAUCCAAUGUCUGCAGUAUCGGACCACUUGGGUAUUACAAUGGCUCCCUGUCAGUCACUGAGGCUAGGGCAGAGUGCCUCAGCUGGGCAGAGUUCCCUGAUUAUGUUCAGCAGUACCCAGACCGUGGCCUGGGGGACCACAACUACUGCAGGAACCCGGACGGAGUAACUACACCCUGGUGCUUCUACCGGCUUGCAUCAGGGGCCAUCAGCUGGGCUAACUGCGAUUGUAACCAAGGUGCUGUGAGGUUGUCUGAAGAUAGUAGUGUGGAGCUGUACUUCAGUGGACUCUGGGGCACCAUCUGUGCUGACCACUGGACUGACUGGGAUGCCAGUGUUGUCUGCAGGCAACUAGGUCUAAGUGAGAUUGGCACAGCUGGGAAGAAGAAUCAGCUGGGACUGUGGCAUGUGCCUCUGCACAUGCAGUCAUCAAACUGCCGUGGUGAUGAGAAAGCACUGCUUCAGUGUCGCUAUCGGGAGGCUAUGUCAGGAGCUUGUAACCAGGGAACUGCCACAGUAACCUGUGUCCCUCCAGAAGGUGUAGGUACCCCACUGCGUUUAGCUGGGGGAAAGGAGAGCUUUGAAGGACGAGUGGAGGUCUACCAUGAUGGCAAGUGGGGUACAAUCUGUGAUGAUCAAUGGGAUGACAAGGAUGCUGAAGUAGUCUGUAGGCAGCUGGGACUCAGUGGGAACCCAAAAGCCUUGUCAUGGGCUCACUAUGGGAAGGGAUCUGGCCCAAUCCUGCUGGAUGAAGUGGAAUGCUCAGGCAAUGAACUCUCUCUUGACCAGUGCAAGAAGAGUGGCUGGGGACAGCAAAACUGUGACCACAUUGAAGAUGCUGGGGUCUCCUGUAACCCUUUCACAGAGGGCACUGUCAGGCUGGUUGGUGGCCACAGCUCCCAUGAAGGCAGGGUAGAAGUUUAUUACAAUGGAGAUUGGGGCACAGUAUGUGAUGAUGGCUGGACAGACAUCAGUGCCCAGGUGGUCUGCAGGCAGCUGGGCUUCAGUGGUCCUGCUGCCUUGGCUUCUGAAGGGGACUAUGCUGCUGGCCAAGGCUUUAUCUUAUUGGAUGAUGUGGCUUGUGUGGGGACAGAGCUGUUCCUCCUGGACUGUCCCCACAGCAAUUGGGGGCAGCAUGACUGCUCACAUGCUGAAGAUGUGGGAAUCCGCUGUUCCCCGGAGAGCAACACAGUCACAGAUGGCAGCUUGGGACCUCCUGUGCGGCUGGUGGAUGGAGAAAGCACCAAGGAAGGACGGGUUGAGGUAUUCCUGAAUGGGGAGUGGGGCAGUGUCUGCGGUGAUGGCUGGACAGAUAGAGAUGCUGCAGUGGUUUGCAGGCAACUGGGAUUCAGUGGUAUAGCAAAAUCCAGGGCCAUGGCUUAUUUUGGCGAAGGCCAUGGGCCUAUACAUCUGGACAACAUAGAGUGCAGUGGCAUGGAGUACACCCUGGGGCAAUGCAUCAAGCCUGACACCAGGAUUCGAAGCUGCUGGCACAGUGAGGAUGCUGGUGUGAUCUGUGACUAUGUGGAAGAGAAGGUCCAUGAUACCAGGAGAACAGGUCCAGAGUCUAGUGUGUGUGGGAUGCGCUUGCUUCACCGUCGUAAGAAAAGGAUCAUAGGCGGAAACAAGUCUCUCAGAGGCAGUUGGCCAUGGCAGGCCUCACUACGGUUGAAGGGGUUUUAUCGAGACACUCGUCUGCUGUGUGGAGCAACACUGAUCAGCAGCUGCUGGGUAGUGACUGCAGCCCACUGCUUCAAAAGGUUUGGUGUUGAUGUGCGGCGCUACCUGCUGCGGGUAGGCGAUUACCACACAGGUGUGAAGGAUGAGUUUGAAAGGGAGCUGCCUGUGGAGCGGAUUGUCCUCCACAGGAAUUACUGGGCUGGCAGCAAUGAUAAUGACAUUGCCCUGGUCCAGAUGCAGGGCAGAGAGGGACACUGUCUGUCCUUCAAUCGCCAUGUGCUGCCUGUCUGCCUGCCUGAGAGGAAAGAGAAAUCCGACAUCAAUAGGCAAGCCUGCAUCAUCUCUGGCUGGGGAGACACAGGGAAGUCUUAUUCAAGAACCUUGCUGCAGGGAGUGGUGCCUCUUCUCCCACGGGAAGACUGCAAGCUCCGUUAUGGGCAGAAGUUCACUAACCGCAUGAUUUGUGCUGGGAACCUCUCUGAAGAUAAACGGGUGGACAGCUGCCAAGGUGAUAGUGGAGGGCCACUUAUGUGUCAGAGGUCAAAUGGACGCUGGAUCAUUUUGGGGAUCACUUCCUGGGGUUAUGGCUGUGGUCGGAAGGAUUCUCCUGGUGUGUACACCAAGGUCAGCAAAUAUGUACCCUGGAUCAAGAAAGUGACCAAGCUAAAAUGAAAAUGUCUGAGCUCUAGGAACUUCAAUAUAUGGUCCUUUUGCCAUGCAGCAGCAGAAGGCUGUGGCUUCUGGCCUGUGACUCAUGGAGACUGGGAAAAAACUUCAAUGUAGAACUGAGAUAAAAAUAGUUACAUCUGAUUCUUUAAAGAUUUUGAUUUCACUUGAGUCUGUAAUCUCUGAGUAGAGAAAGCAGGUACACACUGGUAAGAAUGAGAAGUCUAUGCUGCUUUGACUGUGUUCUGUAAUGCAAUCAGUCUUGUUCUUUUGGCACACAGAAAUGGUAGAAGUGGAGAGAUACCUGCGUCUGUAAAUCUGUUCCUGGUUUUUUGUGUUUGCAUAGUUGAAAAACACUGCAAGGUGAGGUGAGAUGCUUGGAAGAUGGCAUCAUGCUCUGGCAGAGCAAAAACCUUCAGCUAUUUUUUCAUAACAGCUCUCUUCAGUUCCAUGAAUCAAAAGAGGUGACCUGAGGAACAGGCCAACAGUCAGGUGACUUUCUUUCCCUGUUAUAUCUCUUUUAUCUUCUGAACAGUGGAUCUACUCCCAUAUGAUCAUUUUAAAGUAUGUGUUGCUGCUAAGAGAUUCUUGUCCCUCUUGCUGUAAUCCUGUACCAGUGCAUUUCCAGCUGCCAGAUGCCAUGGUUUUAUUCAGCUUUGUCAAUAUAGUGGUUCUUUUGUGUUUG